GUUUGUCUGUCAUGGAACUUCGAUGAUACUCAAGACAAUGAGAGCCCAUUCUCUCAAUUAUUUUCGGGUUGCGACGCGAGGGCGUUGUUCAAGGCCAAUUGCGUAUCUAUCUGCUCGAUAUGGGUAUGGGAUUCGGUGGUCUUCUUCCUCGAGCGGGAGCGGAGAACGACAAUGGUCGACGCCUCUUGCGAAGUCGCUCGCUGAAGCUAUAACUACUGCCGGUCCCGUAUCUGUAGCCUCAUACAUGCGGCAAUGUCUCACCUCCCCUAACGGCGGCUACUACACACGCCAGACGUCUGGACACGACCAAUUCGGGGCAAAAGGCGAUUUUAUAACAUCCCCCGAGAUAAGCCAAGUUUUUGGAGAACUAGUCGGAAUAUGGUUGUAUACGGAGUGGUUGGCGCAGGGGAGGAGAGAAAGGUCGCAGGUUAUUGAGGUUGGCCCGGGACGGGGGACGUUGAUGGGGGAUGUACUUAGGACGAUAUCGAACUUCAAACCUUUCUCUCAGAGCAUAGACACUGUUUAUCUCGUCGAAGCGUCACCCCAUCUCCGCAAGCAACAAGCAGAACUUCUCUCCGGCACCGAGGACCUGAGAGAGGUUCAAAAUGGGUGGAAAGCCGGCUGUAAAUACCUUCCAGGCCGCGAUAUCACAUGGUGUGAGGACAUUAGAUUUGUCCCAAAAGACGAAACCACGACUCCCUUCAUCCUCGCCCACGAAUUUUUCGACGCGCUCCCCAUCCACGUCUUCCAAAACACCACCUCAUCAACCAUCCCCGCGGCCUCGAAAAUCAUCACACCGACCGGUCCCAUCAUACCUAAAUACGGUCCUCAAGUUCCCAGAAACCAGUGGCACGAACUCGUCGUAUCCCCUGCACCUUCUUUUUCGGACCCGGACAUCAUUCGCUCGAAGGAUUUGAAAGAGCAGAAGCCAGAAUUCCAACUUACAGUUUCUAAAACCCCGACACCGCACUCGCUGUACUUGCCUCAGACAUCAGAAAGAUAUAAAGCACUGGCUAAUACACCUGAUGCUGUCAUUGAAAUUUCUCCGGAAUCUCUGGCGUACGUAGCAGAUUUCGCUAUUCGAAUCGGAGGGUCCAAUGCCCCCAAAUCCUCCCCCUCCCUCUCCUCACACCCAUCAUCCUCACACCCCUCCGGCGCAGCCCUAAUCCUCGACUACGGCCCAUCAUCCACCAUCCCCGCCAACACCCUCCGCGGCAUCCGCAGCCACCAACCUGUCACCCCUUUCCUCUGCGCAGGAGAAGUCGAUCUCUCCGCCGACGUUGAUUUCCUAGCCCUCGCGGAAUCCGCGAUUCGCGCGUCACCCGGGGUCGAAGUUCAUGGUCCAGUUGAACAAGCUUUUUUCCUGAGGUCAUUGGGAAUUGUGGAGAGGGCGCAACGAUUAGCGGAGGUCGCGAGAGUUGCGAAAGAGGUUAGAACCGAGAAGGGAGAUGAGGGAGAUGAGAUGGCAAAGAGGGUAGAAACUGGGUGGAAAAGGUUGGUUGAUCGGGGGCCAACGGGGAUGGGCAGGAUAUAUAAGGCGAUGGCGAUUGUGCCGCAUAUUGGUAGUGGUAAAGUGAGGAGGCCAGUUGGGUUUGGUGGGGAUGUUGUAGGGUAAUGAGGUGUUUGUUGGAUGUAAAAUAACCCGUAAGAUUAUU